AAUUCAUUUAAAUAAAUUGUUCACAAUUUUGAAAUAAAAUUUGAAAAGAUAUUAAUCAACUAAAAAUUACAAUUCAUAUUAAUUUAAAAAAGCAGAGAAAUGAAAAAAUUAGUAAUAAUUUCUUUAUUAUUGUGUCUCGCAGCAUGCCAAGGAGCAAAUGUUUGGAGAAAAGUAAUGGGCUUCGGUUGCACAGAUGAAAAAAUAGAAAUUAAAGAUAAAAUUGGUUAAUGCAAAUGCUAAGAUGGAUCACAAUGUAUUUGGACAGAUGAUAAACCUAUUAUGGGAUGUCCCUGCUAAACUCCUGUCAAAAAUCCUCAACAAUUGACAUGUGUUAAGUAAGCUUAAAAGUUUGGUUGCGGAACUACCAAACUCGAAUGUUCAUCAAACUUUGGGUAGUGCACUUGUCCUGAUAAUUCAUAAUGUGUAUGGGCAAAAGAUAAAGAAAUCAUGGGAUGUCCUUGCGGAAGUGGUAAACAACCUAAUUUUGCUUAAGGUGCUAGAAUGGCCAGUCCAAACGAUCCUGACAAUUAACCCCAUCCUAGAAGAGCUAAGAGAACUUAGAAAUAUGAACUUUGA